AUGGCGUUUUCUGAUGAAUUGUUUAACAGUGAAUCUUUGGAGUUUAAAGGAGAAGGAAAGUCUUCCCUAUCUAGUUCAGAUUUCUUUGAUUCCCCAAGCCCAGAGGAAGAGAAGGAUGAACUUGCAGCCUUGGCACAGAGAACAAUAGAGGCUUCCAAGAAAACAUCUAGAUCUGCCACAACAUCACAAAUCCUGCACAGUCCUCAGGCUUCCCCAAGAGCUCAAAUGUACUCCUCAAAAAGGGCAGAGCUAAAGAGAAUUCUACUAAUUUCCCAGAUGCCAGAUAAAAGAACUGUUUUGCCACCCAAGCCAGGAGACUUGAUUGCCAGUAUCAGUUUUUCUCAUGAGGCAUCCGGAACACCAUCAGCAUUCCAUAUAGUUGCCGCUGGCAGCCACCAGUCGAACUCUCCAUCCUUCUCUAGUGCAGAAACAAAACAGAAAGCUGAUCACAGUCAGUCUCCGUUAGAAGAGUUACAGUCACAGGUCAAGGAGCUGAGAUCUAUCAUUGAAACCAUGAAAGACCAACAGAAGAAGGAGAUCAAACAACUGCUUUCUGAACUAGAUGAAGAGAAUAAGAUACGACUGAGAUUACAGAUGAGUUCUUAUAGGAAACUUUGCGACUGUGUGUAUUUUAAUGGAUACUGCGCUUGUUGCUUUUGCUAAGGGGGUCUGGCACUG